AUGGGACGAAAGGCUGUUGAUAUUACUACAAAACGAACCAUUAUUCUUUUGCGUGCCAGUGGAAUGUCACAACAUGAGAUUUCUCGAAAACUGAACAUCUCUCGGAAUUGCAUUUGUCAAACUAUUAACAAAUUCAAUAAACUUCACACAGUCGCUACGAAACCUGGAGCUGGACGUCGUUCAAAGUUAACAGAUCGGCAAAAACGAGCUAUUAAAUUACAGCAAGUUCGUGAUGAUACUCUCUCGUUAAACGAUCUUAUUCGCUACGUUCAAACAAGUUUCAACAUAACUGUCAGUCGUCCAACAAUGAGUCGUAUUCUCAAUGAAUUCGACAUAUUUUCUUAUGUUGCACCGAGGAAACCUCGGAUAAAUCAUAGACAACGAUAUUCUCGUCUUCAAUGGUGCUACCAACAUUUGAGCUGGGCAGAAAAUGAUUGGUCAAAUGUUAUAUUUACGGAUGAAAGUAAUUUCGAAAUAUUGAAUCGAAAGAAUCGGAUCUAUAUACGUCGAUUUCGAAAUGACUUAAAACGAUUUAAAUGGUCUCAACCGCGGGUGCACAAAGGUGGCGGUGUUGGUAUAUGGUCUUAUCUAACAUGCCAUGGUCUAGGGCCGAUUGUAUUCUAUGAUGGGUCGCUAAAUUCCGAUAAAUAUAUUGAUAUACUCGACCAGCAUUUACCAACAGCAUAUGAAAAAUUCUUGCCACAAUCACCUCGUAAAAUUUUGCUGCAGCAAGAUAAUGCUCGUCCUCAUGUGUCAAUCAAGACUCGAAAAUAUUUCAAGAAAAAAAAGAUUAAUCCCAUUCCAUGGCCAGCAAAUAGUGCAGACUUAAAUUUAAUAGAGAACAUUUGGUCCAUCUUAGAUGAUAAACUUUUAAAAUAUAAUAUUAAUAACACGGAACAACUAAAAACUGCAUUAAAGAUGGUGUGGAUGGAACACUCACAUGAUGCAAUACAAAAACUGUUUGAAUCUAUAUCCAAACGAAUCCGUCAAGUAAUCAAACGUCGAGGUUUCGCUAGCCAUUAUUAG